CCCUGGUAUUCACUUUAUUACCUAGGUAUGGAACCAAGUAAGCGUUCUCUGUGAUGAAUAGAGUUACCAUUUGAGGAACGGUGGUGUUAGGUAGUUAAAUACAUUUACUUCUUCCACGCCCUCACAAUUACAAAUCCUGGAUAUUCUACCCACAACUUCCAAUAUUCGGGAUUAUCACGAACAGCCUUAGUAUCUUCGAGUGACUCAAUCUCGACCUUGUGAAACCUAUAUCUUUUAUACAUUUCUGAAGAUCCUGUAUAGCUUAUCUUCGAGAACGCAUUUUGAGCUGAACAGGUCGACCCGAAUCAUCAGGGAUCGUAGAACUAUAGUAAAGGCCUCCAGGAAAUUCCUCGAAAUCCUGACAUGAUUAGUACAGAUAUUCGACACACCGAGCCAGGACUUCCCACCCACUCGUCGCUCCAGCCAACCACAUUCCAACCAACAGUUUCUGGCCCUCCGCAAUCCGACUGUGGCUCGCCUCCCAGGUCCCUGGCCUCCGCGGAUGUCGCUGAAGUACUAUCCAAGUACAUUAGACACGUGAAGCGGCAUCCGGCUUUGAUGAAAAGCCCGGAGACUGCCAAACUGCGUGUAAUGCAAGAGCUCGAGAAGUUCCUGCUAGCACACAUGGCGCACAACGCCGAUAACGAAAAACUAAGAGAGCACCAGUAUGCCAGGGGUCGGGCAUCAGUCGGCUGGCACGAUCAAGUGCCGUACUAUGAUUGGGCCCGUACGACCGGUGCCAACGAUACGAGUUGUCCAUAUUCAUUUGCCUUUUUUUGCUGCCUCAUCAGCACCAGCGGCUCUCACUGCCUGACCUCCAUGGGGCAAAGGUACCUUGUAUGGGAGAUAUGUUUGCAUCUUGCCACCCUUUGCCGCCAGUAUAACGACUACGGCUCUGUGAUGCGAGAUGACGCGGAAGGCAACCUCAAUAGCCUUCACUUUCCAGAAUUCACAGAUAAAAAUGAGCAGAGCCUGUCCUCCUUAUUGACAUCUGAAGGCAGCGGAAGAGAGGGUUCACUCGCGAGGGCGAAAGAAUUGUUAAUGCAGGUGGCUAAUAUAGAGAGGGCAUUUAUGCAAGUUUGCUGGGAAGCGCUCUCAUCGAGCCUUGAUAAGGCUGUAAGAACAAAGCUGAAGGCAUUCAUUGAUGUAACGAAUCUGUUUGGCCAGAUAUACGUGGCACGGGAUAUUGCUAGCAAAGCGCUGGGAUAGUGUGCAGCGGAAACUAGUCUGACAUUCGAUCGUUGACUGCGAGGAGACUUAAGAAGCACUUGAGGAUCAUGUUGCGUGACAGCAUUCUUCAAAAAAGAAAUUUAGUUGUAAUACUUGCGCUGUGUUCGCGAGCUCCCCUCCAGAAGAAGAUGGAUAAAAAGGGAGCAUGUUAUGGGAAAUGUACAGAAAUGUACAGGGUACGGAAUUGGAAGCAAGGGAGAGAGG